CACUUCGUCGCGACCUCCUCAAUCGCGCGAAGAGAGCAUCCUGCUUUCCUGAAUACGAGCGUCCGCGCCAUUGCCUGGGCAAGAGCCCGCUGCUGGACACAAUGACGAGCUUCUCCACUAUGUCCAUGUACGCCCUGACGGUGCAGUCACCGUCAGCGACGCAAGAGGCACUUGUGGGAGACUUUUGCGGCAACGGCAAACAGCAAAUUCUCAGUGCGAACGGGUCCCGCCUCGCACUCCUCGAAGUUUCGCGUCGGCAGAAAGGUUUCCAUGAAAUCUUCUCUCAAGAUGUGUUCGGCAUCAUCCGUAACAUCGCCAAGUUUCGUCUCGCCGGUGGAACAAAAGAUAUGAUUGCGAUAUCAACUGAUUCAGGCCGCCUCGUCACUUUCGAGUACCAUCCUGCCGAGAACAAGCUUGCCACUCUUCAUUUUGAAACGUUUGGAAAGUCUGGAGUCAGGCGAGUCGUGCCGGGAGAAUAUCUCGCCGCCGAUCCCAAAGGCAGAGCGAUCAUGCUUGCAUCGAUCGAGAAGAAUAAGCUCGUGUAUGUCCUCACUCGAACUGGUCAGAUGGACAUUGCAAUCUCCUCGCCACUCGAGGCACACAAACCUCAGACCCUCGUACACUAUCUCCUUGGCCUUGAUGUAGGGUAUGACAAUCCUAUUUUUGGCGCCCUCGAGUUGGAUUACUCUUCAUCUGAGACCGACCCCACUGGCGAAGCAUACGAAGUUCUUGAGAAAGAGCUGGUCUACUACGAGCUGGACUUGGGUUUGAACCAUAUCGUGCGCAAGUGGUCUGAGCCAGUAGACCGUACGUCAAACAUCCUGUUCCGUGUACCGGGAGGACCAAAUGCUCCCAGUGGAGUGCUAUGCUGCGGCGAAGACAACAUCAGUUACCGCCGCAUGUACAACAAGUCAUCCGACAUCCAUCGUCUGGCCAUUCCCCGCCGGGAAGGCCCGACAGAGGAUCCUAAUCGCACACGUAUCAUCGUAUCUGGCACUCUUUAUACCCUCAAAGGUGGCGAUUUCUUCUACCUUCUCCAAACCGAAGAUGGAGAUGUCUUCAAGGUCACCUUCGAUACCGCUGGUGGUGUUGUGAACAGCAUCAAGAUCAAGUACUUCGACACGAUUCCUGUCGCCACAAGUAUUUGCAUCUUGAGAGCGGGUUUCGUUUUCUGCGCCUGCGAAUCUGGAGAUCGGAUUCUCUACGAGCUUGAGGCUCUUGGUGAUGAGACGGAUGAUCCAGAGUAUUCGAGCAGCCAAUUUCCUACGGAUCCCCUAGCAUCUUUCGCUCCGCCCUUCUUCCGACCACGCCCUCUGAAAAAUCUUACAGCUGUUGAGACUAUUGCAAGCUUGCACCCCAUUAUGGACAUGGAGGUCUCUGACAUGACUGGAGAAGACGCACCGCAAAUAUACACGGUGUCUGGAACUGGUGCUCGCAGCACUUUUAGGACGACUCGAAAUGCCCUACAAGUCCUGGAUCUCAUUGAGUCUCCCUUGCCACAGCAGGCAACGGGCGUUUGGACCACAAAGUUGUCCACCGAAGAUGAUACGGACACUCUCAUUAUUCUCUGCCUUCUCAGCCGUACUCUGGUUUUAAAGAUUGGCGAGGAUGUAGAGGAAGCAUCAAAUACAGGGUUUUUGGAUGAUGUUAUCACUCUCGGCGUACAACAAUUUGGCGAGGAUUGCAUUAUCCAGAUUCAUCCUCGGGGCAUCAGGCACAUUCGUGGGCUUCGCUUCCCGGAUGAUGACUCUGCAGGAGAACACACUGACUUGACCGAUUGGUCUGUACCUCCUCAUCGAACCAUCGUCGCAUACGCUGCCAACAACCGCCAGGUUGCCAUUGCUCUCAGCUCGGGAGAGAUUUACUAUUUUGAAUGCGAUCAAGACAGCUCUCUAGCUAAGGCCGAUGAUGAGAUCAGCCUCGAGCACACCAUUACAUGCCUGGCGAUGCCUGAUGUCCCAGAAGGCAGUGUCCGAAGUUACUUCCUUGCUGUUGGAUGCAGCGAUCAAACCAUUCGCAUUUACAAUCUCAGUCCAGACCAGGACAACACCAUCCUGGUGAAUAUCUCCCUUCAGGUUGUGUCCGCUGCGCCCAGUGCAUUAUCCAUCUGCUAUAUGCGCGAUCGAUCACCUCAAGGAUAUAGCCAGUAUCUGCACAUUGGUCUGAGGUCGGGUAUCUACAUUCGAUCCACGCUGGACGAGCAUACUGGAGAAAUUGGUGAUACACGGCGCCGAUUCCUUGGACCGGCUCCCGUGAGAUUUGCUCGUGUUACCGCUGCAGGUGAAUCGGCUAUUCUCGCCAUGACCUCGCGGCCCUGGCUCAGUUACACGAAUCCUCGGACUGGAUCCAUGGCAACUACACCCUUGGCCAACCAGACAUUUGAUGCUGCUUGGAACUUCGAAGGUUCAUCUUUCAAGGGUGUCAUCUGUGUCUCCGCUAGCGAACUUAGGAUAUUCGCUUUUGUCGACCUCGCCAACAACACAACUCAGGAAUCCAUACCACUCAAAUAUACCCCACGGAAGAUGAUCGGUUAUCCCGAACAACAAGUCUACUAUGUCAUCGAGAAUGAUGGCAACACAAUGGAUGCCGUGACACAAGCAAAGCUCAAAGCGGAUGAGCCAAAUGGCUUUAAAAAAGAACACGAGUCGGAGAAUGGAGACGCUCCUGAUGCGGAUACAAAUGAGGAUGACCUACCCGCUGCUGAUUUCGGUCAUCCCAGACAACCAGGUCACUGGGCAUCGUGCAUUCAGGUUGUGGAUCCCGUGACGGAAAAGGCUGUGGUUACUACCAUUGAGCUCGAGAACAACCAGUCUGCCGUUAGUGCUGCACUUGUUCCUUUUGAAUCUCAAAAUAAUGAAGUUUUCCUUGCCGUCGGUGUUGUCUCUGGACUCACCUUCUCCCCAGCCUUCAAGUUUGCCGGAGCAUCCAUCCAGCUGUAUAAGGUCUCCGACGAUGGUAGGGACCUGAAAUUAGUACACGAGACAGAGGUCGACGAUGCUCCUCUCGCCGCCAUCCCUUUCAAGGGUAAGCUCGCCGUUAGUGUUGGUGCAGAUCUAUGUAUCUUCGACUGUGGUAUGAAAAACCUGCUUCGGAAAGCUCAAGCCCGCAAAUGCACCACGAACCGCAUUGUAGGCAUCACAUCACAAGGAAGCCGUCUUGUCGUAUCGGACCAAAAUCAAUCCGUCACAUACGUUGUGCACAAGGACUUGAUUCAUCCAAAUCGAUUGAUUCCUUUUGCCGAUGAUUCCGUUUCUCGAUGGACCACCUGCGCAGAGAUGCUCGACUACGACACUACUGUUGGAGGGGACAAGUUUGGAAACAUGUGGAUUGUACGAUGCCCACCAAAAAUCUCUGAACUUGCCGACGAAACGAUCGAUGGCCAGCAUCUGACGCAGGAGAAGGGCUUCCUUGGCGGUACAGCCAACCGCCUAGACCUCCUCAUGCAUUAUUUCACCAACGACAUUCCCGUCGCAGUGCAGAAGACGUCCCUUCUUAAUGGAGGUGAACGAGUCAUCUUCUGGGCUGGUCUUCAGGGAACGCUCGGUGCUAUGAUCCCUUUUCAAUCGCGAAGAGACUUCAAGAUGUUCCAGUCUUUGGAGCUCGUUCUCCGCAAUGAUGACAAGCCAAUUUCAGGCCGUGAUCAUCUUGCCUUCCGAAGCUAUUACACGCCAUGCAAGGGCGCGAUUGACGGCGACCUUGUCGAGCGUUUCCUCCUUUUGUCGAGGGACGAACGGGAUUCGGUUGUAGCGCAGAUUGUGCCGCAAGCAGGUUGGACGUCCGACAGCGUCGAAGAUGCCAUUUGGAACAUGCGCGCCAUGUAUGCAUUCUGAGUAAGUGAGCGUUACUUGGCGAUUCUUUUCUGCCAAAUUCCCUUCUGCCAAUUCCCCUUCCCCCAACUUGCCCUCUUCUAUUCCCUGCAUUCCCUGCACGAUUUUGAGCAGUGCCUUGGGGCGUUAAACGGCGAUGGAGUUCACACCGGCUGGGAAACCCCGGGCUUGGAGGGUUUCAGUCUCAGCAGGGUGGUUAUAUACCUGUAACAUUAGGAUAAAUAUUGUGGAAAUCACACAAUACUACGAAAAGCUACGAACCUCCUACUUGUAGCACAGCUACGUUGUAAGUAUGGAGAUGGGUAUGCCAUGAUGUAAUUAAAGUAAUAAAAACACGAU